UUGGCGCCACUUCCCGCGUCACUCAGUUCCGUGGCGGGAAAAAGGAGAAGGAGGCGAAGCGGCCAAGAUGGCGGGAAAAGGCGGAGGUUGCGACUACGCGGAGGAGGCCGCGAGGGCUUCGGCGUUCCUGGAGGGCUUCUACCGGCAGAGCGAGGCGGGCAAGGAGUUCCCUUACGUGGAGCAGCUGCGGCGGGUGGCGCAGCGGGAUCAGGUGGCGCUGCGCGUGGAUCUGGACGACGUGGCCGAGGAGGACCCGGCGCUGGUGGACUCGGUGUGCGAGAACGCGAAGCGCUACGAGAAGGUCUUCGCCGAUGCCGUCGCGGAGCUGCUGCCCCGGUACCGGCAGCGGGAGCAGGUCGCCCACAAGGAUGCGCUGGACGUCUACAUCGAGCACCGGCUGCUGCUGGAGGGGCGCGGGCGGGAGCCCGGCCAGCCCCACGACCCCCAGAACCAGUUCCCGCCAGAGCUCAUGCGCCGCUUUGAGCUGUACUUCAAAGCGCCAUCGAGCACCAAGGCCCAGGUGAUCCGGGAGGUGAAGGCUGAUGCCAUUGGGAAGCUUGUGGCCAUCCGGGGCAUUGUCACCCGCGUCUCUGAGGUGAAGCCUCGCAUGGUGGUAGCCACCUACAGCUGUGACCAGUGUGGUGCAGAGACCUAUCAGCCGAUACAGGCCCCCAACUUCACCCCUCUGCUGAUGUGCCCCAGCCGGGAGUGCCAGACCAACCAAGCUGGUGGCCGACUUUACCUGCAGAGCCGUGGCUCCAAGUUCAUCAAGUAUCAGGAGCUGAAGAUCCAGGAACAUAGCGACCAGGUGCCGGUGGGGAACUUACCGCGUUCCAUCAGCGUCAGCGUGCAAGGGGAGAAUACGCGCCUUGUGCAGCCAGGGGACCACGUCAGCAUUACUGGCAUCUUCCUCCCUGUGCGGCAGACGGGAUUCCGGCAGGUCCUGCAGGGCCUUCUGUCUGACACAUACCUGGAGGCCCACCACAUCGUCUGCAUGAGCAAGAGUGAGCAGGAGGAGCUGUGUGGAGGGGGCCUCACGGAGGAGGAGCUGCGCCAGAUCACAGAGGAGGAUUUCUAUGACAAGCUGGCGGCCUCCAUCGCCCCCGAGAUCUAUGGCCAUGAGGAUGUCAAAAAGGCCCUCCUCCUCCUGCUGGUGGGGGGCGUGGACCAGAACCCCCGGGGCAUGAAGAUUCGGGGGAACAUCAACAUCUGCCUCAUGGGGGACCCUGGUGUGGCCAAGUCCCAGCUGCUGUCAUACAUCACGCGCCUGGCGCCACGCAGCCAGUACACCACGGGGCGCGGCUCCUCUGGGGUAGGGCUGACAGCUGCUGUGCUGCGUGACCCACUGACGGGGGAGCUGACCCUGGAGGGGGGCGCGCUGGUGCUGGCUGACCAAGGCGUCUGCUGCAUCGACGAGUUUGACAAGAUGCUGGAAGCAGACCGGACGGCCAUCCAUGAGGUGAUGGAGCAGCAGACCCUCUCCAUUGCCAAGGCUGGCAUCCUGACCACGCUGAACGCCCGCUGCGCCAUCCUGGCGGCUGCCAACCCCACCUAUGGCCGCUACAACCCCAAGCGCAGCCUGGAGCAGAACAUCCAGCUCCCGGCUGCCCUCCUCUCCCGCUUCGACUUGCUGUGGCUCAUCCAGGACCGGCCGGACCGUGACAACGACCUCCGUCUUGCCCAGCACAUCACCUACGUGCACCAGCACAACCGCCAGCCCCCCUGCCAGUUCCAGGAGCUUGACAUGGGCCUCAUGAGGCGGUACAUUGCCAUGUGCAAGCAGAAGCAGCCAGCGGUGCCUGAGGCUCUGGCAGACUACAUCACAGCCGCUUAUGUGGAGAUGCGGAAGGAGGCCUUGUCCAACAAGGACACCACCUACACCUCGGCCCGCACCUUGCUGGGGAUCCUGCGCCUGGCCACUGCCCUGGCUCGUCUGCGGCGUGUGGACUUGGUUGAGAAGGAGGAUGUGAAUGAAGCCAUGCGCCUCAUGGAGAUGUCCAAAGACUCCCUUCUGGCAGACAAGGGGCAGACAAGCAGGACUCAGCGCCCCUCUGAACUGAUCUUUGCAGCCAUCAGGGAAUUGGUUCCGGCUGGGGGACCUCGCUCUGUGCACCUAGCAGCAGCUGAGCAGCGCUGCGUCUCCAAGGGCUUCACUCCUGCCCAGUUCCAGGCUGCGCUCUCUGAGUAUGAGGAGCUCAAUGUCUGGCAGGUGAACCAGAAAAAGACCCGCCUCACUUUUGUCUGAGCCCUGCUAGCCUGCAGGAGGUCUUGGUGCCUGCUCUCUCCCACCUUGGCUUGGACCUGGGCUGGGGGACUGCUUGCAGGGUGUCUCCUGCUAUCACUUUUAUUAAGACUGGCAUUUUUCCCCAAUAAAGCAAUUAAUUUGUAUAUCUUGUGAUCUAAAUAAUGCCAAUGGCUGAAUGCUGA